AUGUGGCAGAGGAAUGCCUUGUACGCAUUCUUACACGCGCUUUUCUUGCACUUGAUUCAUGUGGUACACGUUUCGGCAAUCGCUGCCUUUACAUAUACAAGUGCUGGGAAGGGGCUAAACAGGUUUGAUAUUGUGAAUGGAGUUAGAGACGAGGCUGAGGCUGAGAAAGAAGCAGAUAAAGAUGCACAUGUAGAGAAGUGUGUUCCCGAGUUUUGGCUUACUGCUAUGAAGAAAAAUAAAGUAUUAGCAAAGGAAAUCACAGAGAAGGAUGAAGUUCCACUCAAGCAUCUGAAAGAUAUCAAGUGGUCCAGGACUGGUACAGCCAAGGGGUUCAAGCUCAGUUUCUAUUUUGAUGAUGACAAUCCCUAUUUCCAUAAUGCUGUCCUCACAAAGAUUUAUCGCAUGAAAAAAGCUCAUCACAUGUUUGAUGAACUAAUUUUGAAAAAGAUACAAGCGACUAAAAUUGAAUGGAAAUAUGGGAAGAAUUUUACAUGGAAACAGGUAGGGAAGAAGCUAAAGCAUCGAUCAAAUAUCUGGGUAUCAGAAGACUGGACUAUGAAUAUCCGUAUCAAUAAAAGUUUCUUCAAUCUUUUUAAUGCCCUAGUCCCUGGUGAUGAUAACGAUUUUGAAUUUAAUAGUGCCAUAGUCUCUGAUGAUGAUAACGAUUUUGAAUUUAAUGGUGCCCUAGUCCCUGAUGAUGAUAACGAUUUUGAAGAAACAGUUCAAGAACUUCAGAAUGAAAUUGAUCAAGACUACCUCGUUGGUUGCACCAUCCGUGACCAGAUCAUCCCACAUGCUGUAUCGUGGUUCGCUAGAGAAGCUUCCCAGGUUUAA